GUCCACUAAAAAGGACAAAACGACGGCAGAGGACGAUGCCCUGAACCUCAUAGCCAGAGAGGCCGAGGCCAGGCUGGCAGCAAAGAGGGCAGCCAGGGCAGAGGCCAGAGAGAUCCGCAUGAAGGAGCUGGAGCGACAACAGAAAGAGGUAUACAAGUCAAAAUACCCCAUGACAUGUGACACACGAUAUGGCAUAAUACAAAACUUCAUGUUAGGACAGAUAUGCAAGAUUUUACAUCCGUAAGAGUUUAAUAUUUCAUGCUGAAUCUAAACAGCGGAGCACUGAUAGAGUUAAACAAGUAUUUCUGCUGUCUGCCAAAUGGCUAACACUGUUCUGAAAAACAAAAGGAUUUAAGCAGACUUGUUGUUACUAGACACUUGGUUUUGUUUGGACCGAAAGCAUUUCCGGUCAGCUCUGCUUUCUGCUCUUAAGCUGACUCUUUGAUCCUGUGGGUCAAAGGUCAGAGGAACUGUGACUGCAGCACUUAGGAGCACUGCUGUCGAGAUCCAAGCAAUCCUUGCCGUUCAUAGAAAGAACAUUCCUGUGGAUUUGAUUUGGAUUGAUGUAAAAAUGUAGUUUAGACACUGACUUUUGAUUGACUUUUUUAAAAUUCCUUCAUUAAAAAAACCUCCAACAGCUAUAGAUGAUGUUGUUCAACACACUGAAUUUAUGAGUUGAUUCGAACCAUAGAACCAUAUAAUUAAGAUGGACGUAACAAGCAGGAAGUCACUCAUUAAUUUUUGGGCUCCCAUUCUGUAGCCUCUAGCUGAGCAUGUUAGCAAUCUUGGCCUUUUGAAACCAGAUAAGAGUGGGCUCUAAGGAGUCAACCCCUGCUGGACAUGUUAAAGAAUCCAGCUUUAAGGCUUUCGGAAAGGGAAAUUACAUCUAUUAUUUAUGUACUAAAACAGUGCCCCCACCUAUACGCAAACAUGUUGUAACAAACUAAUUCCUUAGUUACAAGGUUUCUAGGUUGGCUAAAUAUCCAACAGCUGAUACUGAGGUUAAAUAACCAUAGCAAACGAGGAAGUCCUCCAAAGUUCUCACUAAUUACUCUUUCAACAAAACCUUUUAAAGUUAAUCUCAUCCCACGCUGAUACAGAUAUUGACACAUGGAAAGUUUUUGAGUAACAUAAAAUUAGAGCUUUUUCUUCAGACACCACGGAGCACAUUUCCUGUUAAUUAACCGUCACAUGUAAAGGGCUUCUUCCAAAACAAUCACAACAGUAAUUUGCAUUAUCUGUUAUAAACUGUACACCUUUGAAAGGUCAGAAAGUCUAACCUGCAAAGUUGGUUGUUAUUGCAUUUCUAUUUUUGUGGCUUUGUCUCUUUGGGUAGCUAAAUACAGUACAUAGUGUAACACUGACAUAACUUAUUCCAGAUAUUAGUAGUCCCGUAAUGUGAUGCACUACCUUCCUGGGAAGUAAGCAGUGAAUUAAAUCUUUGUUUUUUGUUUUUUUAUUUAACAUGUCCAUUUUUACCAAUGCGUUGUGGAAAACUUGUACAUGUCUCGCAAAAAGAGCAAAGAACCCCAUAAAUCUCUGUACUGGACCCUCGGCAGCUCCAGUGUCGGUGCUGGCGUCCGUGCUGUGUUCUGAGUUGUGUUGAAUCAGGUGCAGCGCUGAAAGGUGUUUGGAUGUGAGCUCAGUGCUGUUACAUGAGUUUUUCUUUCUUUGGUUGAGCACCUCUGAUCUGAACCACGGGGAGUCUCGCUUUUCCGAGCUCACUAUUAUUAGUCAGUAGUAAUCCUGAACACAUAAACAGACUACAGACUGCCUAGCACCUGUGGAAACUCAACUCAAAAGUUGCUCAGUUUCUGUGUGAAGGGAUUUUUUUAUUUGUUUGUUUUAAAAAAGCAGAAGAAUAAAUGACAGUGAAAUAAUUGUCUGCUGUGGCAGACGUCAGUCACAGUUUCUGUACUGUUGAAGCAUAUUUCUGGAAAUUCAGUCGAUAAACUUUAUUUCCUGUGCUGCUUGCGCACACGGACAUGGAAUCUCUGGGGGUGUUCUGGCUUUCUCGCACUCUGACGUUAGCAGACACCCCUUUGGAUUCUGUGGGUUUCAGGCUGGAGCCACAGAUGCUGCAUCAGAUUGAGAUGUGGGGAGGUUGAAAGCUUCUUAGCUACUUUGCUACAUCCCUCGAGCAGUUUUUGUGGGUGCAUCGUACUGCAGAGGGAGGCUGCUGCCAUCAACUCCUGCAGUCACUGAGUGCUGUGUUUGCUCCAAAACAAUAAGUGCCUUCAUAAUUUCAAGUGACUGUCAACAUUAAACUUUGUGUGACCAGAGUUCACUGUGAUUUUAGUAGACAACAUGCAUGUGCUUUCGCAGCUUCAGCAACCACCACAUUAAAAGUAAAAUUCCAUAAACCUUUUAGGCAAACAGACACAGAGCAAAAUGAGUGCCAGUUUAGCUCACUGGUUGCGCAGGCACCCAUACAUGCCUUAUGGCCUGGGUUACUGUGAAGCCCCCCCUUGUGCAACCCAAACACCUUUGACCCCUCAGAGUAUAAACACAGAACCUCAUAACCACAACGUUAGCAGCAGAUACUUCAGUUUCAUCCAUGUCACAGAUACUUGGAUACCGAUCAGCACCGUGGGCUUUUUGGUCACGGAACCAUUCCUGGGCUGUGUUUUCAGUGUGGCUGAGGGUGUUAUUACACUGUAGGAGACACUCAAUGGCACAGACUGGUGGCCUCAGUAAUGGUUAGGUGGGACAGCAUCCAUAUUAAUACCAGGUCACUGCAUUAUACUGAGACAGUCCGAUGUAUGUUAUUCACAGAAAUUAGUAUUUUACAUCAAACUGAACCUUUUAUGGCUCGUCAAUAUGGAAUGCCUAUUUUUAAAAGAUAUUUUUAAGAUUAUUAGUAAUUAUAAUAUUAAUUUAUUGUUAUUUCACCAAUCAAAACACAGGUGUCAAGCCUGAACAAUAAUCUUAUGCAUGUACGCACACACACACACACACACAUCGGUCACAUAUGCCAGAUUAGUGGUCACUGGCAAGCUGAGUGUGUGUGUUUGUGUGUCCUUUAAACCUUUUAGCCGAGUUCUAAAGUAGCUUAGCAGGUUGUGCUCUGUGGUCCAGCCUGCAGUGGAGCAGUCGUUGUUGUUAUUGUUGUUGUUGCCGUAUCGUGGACACCAGCGAUGGGUUGCUGUGCUCUCGGCCACCUUCUGGAUUUUUGGAUGUUUCCUCAUACGCUGAAGACAGAAAUUAGGAGUGGAUUAUUAGCAGAAGCUUUGCAGCAUUAAAAGCGAGGGGAAAUUCAAACCUUGGUUGCUCCGAGUGCUCUGAGCUCAAAUCUCAGCGUUCUGUCAUACCAUCAGCCUGCCUUCAUGACUGGUCAUGGUGUUACCUGUUGACCCCUGAGGGAUGCGACCUUUCCUGGUUUCCUGAGGGCAGCAGGACGGCCGGGCGGCGGCUUACCGGAGGGGGGCUGAGGGCUGCCCUCAACAGGCGCCCAAAAACCCCUCCAAUUAAGAAGGUGCGCUCGAUCUUUCAGGUGCAGAAGCUCUCAGACGACGAUGAGCGGAUGUCAGUGGGAAGCCGAGGCAGCGCCAGGUCGGAUCUUGAUGCAGUUGGAGCUUAUGGUGGAGGGGGCUCCUCACAUAAGAAGUCAAAGAAAAAGAAGAAACAUAAGCACAAAGACAGAGAUGUAUGUAAAAGCUCAAACUGCUGCACACAUGGCACAAACAGAGUUGGUAUCUGUGUGUUUCAUUCUGGUUCUUGAUUCGCAGAGAAACGGCUGUGAUGACGAAUACAGCGUCAUAUCUGACAGGAGCUCAAGACUCAGUGAUGAAAGCAGAGUGUCUCGCUCCAGGCUAGACCUCACGAGCUCCAGACUGAGCGAUGACAGCCGGCUGUCUCGUGUCUCCCGAUCAGACCUGCAGCUGGCCUCUUACGCUUCUUCUGACUUGUACAGCCUCAAUGGUCUGUCCUCUUCCAGAAACCCAGGCUCAGCUUUCAAUGGUUACCAGAGCUCCUUAUAUGAAGACAGUCUGUGCAGUGGGUCGCGGCGAGUCAUCAGCGCCAGCUGUCAUCCUGUAGAGUACACUAGUUAUCGCAGCUCCGGCUCCAGAACCUCCAGCAGGGCCGGGUCAGCCCGUACCAGCCCAGUGGGCAAUUGCAGCUCUGUUGCCAGUUUUUUGAGAAGCAGUAGCAGUGGUCUUCCCAGGGACCUGGACGAUGUCACUAUUCCCGACUUUCCUGACGUGGAGGACAGAGAUUAUCUUGAGAAGGGAUCUCGAGCAGCUUCAGCCUUAACAGCAGCCACGCUCACCUCAUUAGGAGGGUCGUCCUCCCGGAGAGGAAGCGGAGAAACGGCUUUAACUGUAGACGCCGAGAGCUCCAUACGAGAGAUCAAGGAGAUUCACGAACUGAAGGAUCAGAUUCAGGAAGUGGAAGCAAAGUACACUCAGAACCUAAAAGAAGUCAAGGAUGCACUAGCAGAAGUGGAGGAGAAGUAUCGUAAGGCCAUGGUGUCGAACGCUCAGCUGGACAAUGAGAAAAACAACCUGAUGUACCAGGUGGACACGCUCAAAGACUCACUCAUGGAGCUGGAGGAGCUGCUAACUGAGUCACGCCGAGAGCACGAGGAGAAAGUCAAGGAAUACGAGCGAGAGAAGUAUGCCCACAGCGUGCUUCAGUUCCAGUUCAAUGAAAUGAAAGAGACGCUAAAGCAAAGUGAAGAGCUCCUAAACGAGAUCCGUCAGCUGCGUUUGAAACAGGAGGGUUUUGUUAGAGAAAUAACUGAUCUGCAGGAGACUGUGGAGUGGAAGGAUAAAAAAAUUGGGGCCUUAGAGCGACAGAAAGAAUACACAGAUGCAAUCCGAAUUGAGCGCGAUGAGCUCAGAGAAGAAGCUGUGAAGCUGAAAGAUAUUCUGAAGAAACAUGGAAUAGUGUUGGGACCUGAUCUGAGCAUCAAUGGGGAUGUUGACGUGGCAGAAGCUGAUGAGUCCUCCAGUGUAGACCCUGCUUCCCAACCAGCUCAGGAGUCUCAGACGACCCCAGCAGAGGGGAACAGCAUGCUCGGCAACACAGAGGAGACUGAGUUGAGAAGUAGCAGAGAAGAGGAAGAAGUGGGUCCAGAGCAGCAACAAGAAAUGCACGAGAAAGCCAAAGAGAAUCAUAUGAGCGCUGAUCUUCUCUGUAAUGCUGCUGAUGUUUCCACACUGAAAACAUCCAGUGAAGAACAGCCUCAAGAAGAACAAGAGACAUGCUUACCUGCAGAGAAAAACAACAUUGCAGAAAAUGGUCUCAGUGAGGACUUAAAUGCAGAAAUCAGUGACUCUCCUGGUACAGAACCCAGUAGCUUUGAGCUGAAAGAGAUUGUAACAAGUCCUGAUGUUCCAGAAACAGAAAUGUCUGAGGAGGUUAAUUUAAAAGAGACGAGUAGUCUAAAUGUAGUCGAGACAGAUGCCAAAAGUGUUAGUGUUGACACCAGUGAGGUGCAAGACAGCAAACAGGAAGCUGUUGAGAAAAGUAGUUUGACAAGUACUGAAUUAUGUCCUCAACAAAAAGUUGCAGAUGUUGCUCCAAAAGAAGAUUUAACCGAUGAAUCCGUUCCAACUGCUUCCAACAUUGAAGCUCAACCUGAGCCUGAAAAUGCAGAAGAGGCAGAGAACGAUGAGGCAGAGGAAACGCCCAGUAAAUCUCAGCCUCAGGGUACUCCUGCUUCAGGGAAAAAGAAGAAAAAGAAGAAGAGAGGCAAAAAGAAAGGAGGGGCUCAAGACGACAAGACCAAACAGAAAAAUGAAACGGCGAAUGAAAAGAAAAAAGACAAAGAACCAGCAGGAAGUAAUGAUGGAUCUGCUGCAGAACUUACUGUCGAUGGCUCUGUCACUCAAACCUUUAAGGAAUCAAAGAUGGAUCCAGUCAAGGAAGAGCAGGACAAGCAAGAAACUGAGGAAGUCAAUGCAGUGGAGCCGAUCGAAUCCAGUAAAUGUAAAGAACAAACUGUUUCAAAUGAGUGUCAUGAAGAAGAAACUUUGGAAACAAACACAGUAGAAGAAGCAGAAAUGGUAGUACCUGCUCAGGCCAUUUGUGAAGCCCAAAAAGAAGUAACAGUGGAUCAUGUUAAGGAUGAACAGAACCAGGGACAAACUUUAGAAACAAAGGCCACAGAUACAGUAGAGGCAGAGGAACCUACUCAAAGUUUGUCUCAUGCAGAAAUUCUCGUGGAAAGUGAAACAGACUCCAAAAUUGAUGAUGAAGACACCAAACAAACUUUAGAAACCAACAAGAUAGAAGAAAUGGAAGAAGUAUCACCUUCUGAAAACCCUUGUCAAACAGAAACGCUCAGCAAAGUAAUAGUGGAUGAUGUUACAGAGGAACAGAAUGAGGAACAAACUUUGGAAAUAGAGACUGACAGGUCAGUAGAGACAGAAGAACCCACUGAAAGUUCUUCUCAUUUGGAAGCCAUCAAGGAAUCAAUAGAAACAGAUUCCAAAGAGGGUGAUCAAGAGGAGAAACCAACUUUGGAAGUAGAGACAUUAGAAGAAGUGGAAUCUGUGACCUGUAUUGAAGACAGUGAAACUCCCAGUGAAACAAUAGCAAAUCACGUUACAGAAGAACAGAAUGAUGAAGAAACUUUGGAAACAGAGACUGUAGAAUCAGUAGAGGCACUGAAAAGUGUUGAAACUCUUGAAGAAUCCAGAACAGAUUCUGAAAAAGAUGAACAAGACCACAAGCAAACUUUUGAAACAGAGAAAGUACCGGAAAUGGAAACGGCAGCAAAUCCUGACACAGAGGCCAACAUCUGUACAGCCGAACUCAACUCCAACAGUGCAGAAGGCACUGAUGGCCUUGACAAAGAGUGUACGUCCAGUGUAGAUGAUCCUGAAAGGGUCAGUAUCUCAACUGAUGGUGAUGCCAUCCAUACUGAUCAAACAGAAGAGAAAGUAGAGUCUGCUGAUGACAGGAAAUCUGACAGCACGUCUAACAACACUGAAAACAGCCAUGAAACGAGCAGCAACACUGAAGGAGAAUCACACGUUGCAACCAAUUGUGACGUUGCUGCCAAUGACUCAGAGUCUGCUUCUGAGCGUAAAGACGACACAUUCAUCCUGCCACCGUCUGCUGAUGACUCCCCUAUUGGUUCAUCUGACAUGGAGCCAUCCGAAGUUAUAAACUCGGGUACAGAUGACCCUCCCACUGACGUUACCAGCGAGGUUCCUGAGGAGUCCACUGAUGGGGAGCCAAGAGCAGAGACUGAACAAGAAUGUCCUCCUGCCAUUGUCACAUCUACACGUCAGGAUGGUGAUAAUUCAGAAAACAAAAAUCUGGAAGAACCCAAAGAUUUAGUUAAUCCAGAUGAAAAAAGCAACAGUUGUGAUGGUGCAUCAUCAACAGAAAGCCCUGAAGCCUUAAGCACUGAGACUGCAGUGCAGGACGAAGAACUAAAGGUCAAUGCUGCUGUCGUGUUAGAUACAGCAGAGGCUCCAAAAGAAGCUACUCAGACUGGUUCUUCAACUGAUCUGGAAUCUGCUGUCAUGGAAGAUCCCCAACAUAAAAACGAUCAACACGAGGAAGUGUCAUGCUUGUCAACUGAGCAACCGCAUGAAUCCAACAAAGACCAAUCUGAAAAUAAUAAUCAGUUGGAGAGUGAAGGGGAAGAGGAUGAGGAAGAUGAAGGGCAGUCUUUUGAUUUUGAUGACAUGGAUAUCGAAGCAGCUGAAGAAUCGACUCGUUCCCAAAAUCCAGAGCAGGAAGAAGUUGAUGAGGGAGUUGAAUUAACAGCAGAUGAAACCAACGAUGGGCUGUGCCAAAGUAAUGCCGAGUCAAAUGAAAACAAGCCAGCUGAAGGUAAUGAUGGAGGCAACCAGGCAGAUAAAGACCCAGAUAUGGUGCCUGAAGAAGACCAGAACUCUGUGGCUCAUGAGGAAGCUACCUCAGAAAAGGUGGAAAAUGUGUGUGAAGAAGAGAAAAACACACAUAAAGAAGAAGCCAGUGAAGAAGACCAGCCAGGCAAAGCUUCAGAGGAAGUCUCGAGCGCUGGAGCGCUGGGAGCUGUUGCAGAGAACAUUAACCAGACCGUGUCUUCAUCAGUAGAGGCAGGGAUAGAUGUGGUCAAGAAUGCAUUGCAGGGUGAAGAUGCGGAUUUACCAAAUAGUGCAGACCAAGCGGGCAGCAAUAAAGGGGCAGCACAGUCAGGGAAGGAGUCAAAGAAGAGUGGAAAGAAAGGCAAAGGAAAGGGCAAAGAGGAAUGUAAAAUGUCGUAGUCUACAGAUGUGCUUAAAAUGCCUUUACUAUUAUUUUACUGAUGUUUAGAAAGCGGUUUAAACCUCGAAGCACUUUGAUUCUUUCCAAAUAAAUAUUGAUGUAAGUUUGUAUAUUUUCUUAAUCUCUUUUCAUUGAGCUCAUUUAUGCAAACAAAACAAUUUGUG